CAACUUUGUUACCAGGCAUAGCUGUGUCUCCUCCGGCACAGCGUCGUAAAACAGAAGCAUUUGGCAGUUAUGAUUUAUCAGCGUUUCUUUCAUCCUCUCCGGUGCAUUAAAAACGACGAACGUAAGCUACUUGCACUGUGUUUUCUCCUUCGUUUUGACGGAUUAAAAAUAAAAGAUGCGCUGAAUUACUACCCAACGAGUGUUCAUCUUCAUCAAAGUGCGUGAGAUGACAUUGAGGAUACCUUAGCAGGACUGUGAGCUCGGCCAUCAUUGUGCACGAAGAUGCCUCUUUGGAUUUCAUAUGUUUUGCUAAGUGCAAUGUCAGUGUGCAUUGUUGAGAUGUUUGGCAGUUAUGGAGAAAUAUGUCAAAGACUGUGUGCCUGUGAGGAGAGAGAGGGCAUUCUCACAGUGAGCUGUGAAAACAGAGGGGUUUCAAGUAUCUCAGACAUAAGCCCAGUGUACUUCUCCCAGUAUCAUCUGCUGCUUACAGGGAACCUUUUGAAAAAGCUAUCUGCUAAUGACUUUGUUGAGUACAAAGGACUUACAAUAUUACAUCUGGGAAAUAAUGACAUAUCUGAAGUGGAAGCAGGAGCUUUUAAUGGACUUCAGGAAUUAAAACGAUUGCAUCUUAACAAUAACAAAAUAGAUGCCUUAAAGGAAGAGUUUUUCUUUGGCCUUGAAAGUCUGGAAUAUCUACAAAUUGAUAAUAAUUAUAUCACUCAUGUGGCGCCUAAUGCCUUGAGCAGACUUCAACAUCUGGAGGUCCUAAUUCUAAAUGACAACUUAAUAUCUGCUCUGCCUGUAAACAUUUUCCAGUAUGUACCAUUGACUCAUUUAGACUUAAGGGGGAAUCAGCUUAAAGUCCUACCCUACUCAGGUCUGCUGGAGCACAUGAACAGCGUUGUGGAGUUACAGCUGGAGGAGAAUCCUUGGAACUGUUCGUGUGAGCUCAUUGCACUUAAAACCUGGCUCGAGAGCAUAUCAUAUUCAGCUUUAGUUGGAGAUGUUGUUUGUGAGUUCCCUUUCCGGCUUCAUGGGAGAGACCUUGAUGAAGUUUCAAAACAGGAGUUGUGCCCGAGGAGAGCCAUUGCUGAAUACGAGAUGCCCCAGCUGCCACAUUUGAGCACCGAUGCAUACUAUAGGACCACACCAGCUCUACUCCCAGCUUCCUUCACUUCAUCUGCAAUUGCACGGUCCUCAUCAAGACCCACAAAGGGACCCCACCAGUCAGGCAAAUUAAAAUCAAGGCCCACUGCCCGCAUCCCAUCAAAUAAACCACAAAAUUAUGGGCAAAUUAUUUCAUAUCAAACAAAAUCCCCUGUGCCUUUAGAUUGCCCAACUGCCUGCACAUGUAACCUUCAAAUUUCAGACCUUGGCCUGAAUGUGAACUGCCAGGAGCGAAAAAUUGAGUACAUCUCCGACUUAAAUCCCAAACCUUACAAUCCCAAAAAGAUGUAUCUAACUGGGAAUUAUAUCCCUGUGGUGCGUCGAUCAGAUUUUAUUGAGGCGACUGGAUUAGAUUUGCUUCACCUGGGUAACAAUCGAAUAUCUCGCAUACAUGACCGAGCUUUUGGUGAUUUGACGCAUCUAAGACGACUAUACCUUAACGGGAAUUUGAUUGACCAUCUUACAGCUAACAUGUUUUAUGGCCUGCACACUUUACAGUUCUUAUACUUAGAAUACAACGUCAUUAAAGAGGUUACUUAUGACACCUUUCAGCAUGUUCCCAAACUUCAGCUUCUUUUUCUGAACAAUAACCUCUUGAAAACUUUACCAGUUGGAACAUUUAAUGGCCUGACAUUGGCCAGACUGAACUUUCGGAACAACCAUCUCCGAUACCUGCCGGUCAGUGGCGUGCUUGAUCAGCUAACAGCACUGGUGCAGGUAGAUUUGUUUGAGAAUCCCUGGGAUUGCUCUUGUAGCAUACUGGAGUUGAAGAUGUGGCUGGAGCAGCUUAGCACAGGCACGGUUGUAAACAAUGUCAUCUGUGGAUCGCCUAAGAGGCUAGCAGGGGAGGAUAUGAGAUACAUUAAGACAACAAAUUUCUGCCCUAAUAACUCUGAUAUACUUGCCUCCAUGAUCCCACCCUCUGAGAAUCUUUUCCUGGCAACUAUCACCAUAGAAACAUCCUUGGACUCUGAUACCCAAUACAGCGCCAUUCCUUUAUCUGUGAUGAUUCUAGCACUUCUCCUCAUCUUCAUUGUGUCUGUGUUUGUGGCUGCAGGAUUGUUCGUGGUAAUGAAAAAGAGACAUCAAAAGAGUCAAAUAGAGCAUAAUAACUCCAUGAAUGCUUGCAUUAGCUCUCUCAACAUGGAAUAUGGACUCUACAAAAAGGGAUCCAUUCCCAAAGUCAGAACAUCUGCAGGACAUGUAUAUGAGUACAUCCCACCUCCCGCAGAAUCCACAUGCAGAACUACUGCCCAAACCCCGACGGACAGUAAAUCAGUGGAUGGAUUUAGAGACUUUGACGAGUUGAGCGGUGCUUUUCUGGGUAACUCGGAUGAAGAGGCAGCAAGUAAUGUAAUAAGCUUGGAAUACAGUGCCACCACUCCAGAGCCUCUUAACAAACCCUCCACUCCUCACCGAGAUGAUCAGUGUUACUACAGAGAUGUACUUGAGCCUGACAAGCACACACGCUACAGCAAUACGUUACCAUGCAGGCAUGCGGCACGCUCUUCAAGUCUGUAUACCUCAGACUUUGAUGCAAGGAAUCAAUACGUGCAGCCAGAUAGAAUACAACAGACAAUACUAUAUUGUGCAGCACCAAGUACUGUGUAUGUGGAGCCCAACAGGAGUGAGUACUGGGAACUAAAAGCAAAGCUUCAUAUUGAUCCAGACUACCUUGAAGUUCUGGAAAAGCGAACAACAUUUUCACAGUUUUGAGAGAUCUGACACCUGGGUGGUCAGACUGGAUGCAUUGUUACAAUGUUUCUAUUUUAAUCAGGAAUCAGACCCUGUUUGAAAAACAGGCAGAACUAUGUCAUGACCUUUAUAAGAACAAUGCAUUGUGACCUACAUUAUGCUUUUCUUCAAAAUUGUGUGUUACAGGAUUGGGUAACAAAGUGGAACACUUUUCAGUUUCAAGUAUCUCUUUUCCUUUAACCCCUGUGGUAUUCAACAGUUUGGUUUACAUUUGUAAAUAUCAAAAAGGAAUGAUAGGGUUUUAUGACUCAUCCCUACGUUAAAUGCAUCCUAAGGCUGUUUCAUUGACAGUAUUGUGAGACAGAGCUUUUACUCUCAAAUUAGCUGCAUUUCAUCAUGUCAAUGAAGUGUGCAGAUAUGUUCUUUUCCUAAAAUAAACUACAUUUGUUUAACAGCUAUACCCACCCAGACAAAACUCAAUCAGAUCAAAUUCAUUUUAACAGGAAAUGUAUCUGUAAACAUGAAUUUGACCUAUGUGUGUAGGUGUAAGAAAAGACACAUCUGUUUUAUACUCUGAAAUUGUGCUCCAGUGCAAAAUGUAGUCAUACAUUAGGGAGGCAGUUUUUCCUCCCGCUUCCACAGCUCUGGGAUGAUGAUAUUAAGUGCAUGAGAUCAUAAAAGUAAUUACAAUGUAAUAUCUCAAAUCACAGAUUAUGAGACCAGUCAAUCUCUGCUCGCUUGUUCUCAGAUUUGGAAGAGAUUAAUUAAUAUUUCCUAAAAAUACACUGAACAAAAUCUGUGAUGAGAGCCACGUGGAUGGACACGUGUUGUACUUGUAUUGCGUUACAUAUCAAUGCAUUGUCUUACUCAGAAAUGUUGCAACUAAAAGAUUAUAAUCUCAGAUGUACUGUAACUGAAAUGGGAGUUUUGAAGGUCUAUAUCAUAUGUUAAAAUAUGUAUGUUCUUGCAAACAUACACCGAGAAGAUACUAUUAUUGUAUGUUUUAUUGUAUGAUCGGAUAUGUCUGAAUACAUUUACAAAAGCUGUCUUUCAGUUGCAACACAUUUGAGUAGAUUUACAAUAUAAUAUGAGUAUCUCCCUGCUCCUGUCGAGAAUUCAACUAAAAAUGUUUAAACAUAUUUUAAAUGAUUGCACAUUUUUGUACAAACAAAUAUUUCUUUUAUUUCUUUCAUUGCGUUUUUAAAAAAAAACUGCACUAUUGACUUCUACAGGUUAACAAUGAUGUCACUUUAUAAGAUGCACAAUAGGGUAACAUGUGCUUAUAGCCAUAGAAGUAGGUAUGAUAGCUGUAUACAUGGAAGUACUACAUGUUGAAUCAUUGUGCACUAUGCAUAGAUAUGGAGUAAACUCAGACAAUCUUUACAAAAUGCAAACAGCCCAUCCUCUCAGUGUCUCAUAAACACGAUAUAUUUAAUCCUAUUAUCAAAUUGCAUAAAUGUCUUUUUAAUUUUUUAAAAUGGAACACUCAGAAGCUUGUCAGAAUAUUCCGAUGCACCUCUGUACCACAUUUUGGAUGAAUGUUUUUUGUAAGACUUCAUUAAUGUUUAAUUUAAUGUGUUUAAAGCAACAUGCUGAGAGGAUUUGUGUGUAUUGCAUCACAAUGAAAAACACAAAUUGUUUGGCAUUGUUUCAUUUGUGUGCUGGGUUGCAUGAAAUCUGGCAAUUUGACUGCAAUUAGCAGUCGCUGUAUGUCUCUUUUAAGAAGGGAUUGAUGGUGUGUGUAACAAAUGCAUAAAGGUCUUCAAGAGCUAAUAGAUUGAGAAGCACACCGAAUGAUGGAUAGAGUUGUCUUCAUGCACAAAAUGGUCUAUGCUCUAAGAGAAUCAAAGCACAGCAUCCAGUCAUAAUGCAGUCAAACACAUUUCUGGGUCAAUAGUGUAAGCCCAAAAAUGUGGCUUUCCUUAAUACACAGUGUAAAUUCACCUCAUAUGCAGUAUUAUGCCCUAAACCUGUCAUCUUAACUCAGCUAAUUAGAGGACAUGUGUAUCUGGACUGUGUCUGCAUGUCACCAUGUAUUACCAGCAUUAGUCAUGCUGUUCAUCAAGUAUCCAGUCUCGGUGUGUUGCCUCUGACAAGUCCACAGUCCUUUUUUGAUUAUUUCGUAAUAUGAUCUGUGUCUGCUAUGAGCAAAUUUAUCGGAACAAUUCAAAAGAAGUCAACACAGUGCAGCAUGAUGUUAAACUGCACAGUGUUGUACUAAAUGUAUGAUUUAUUGAAAUCAAUAUAUUGAUGUAAAGUUAAUGGUGAAAACACUGUAAACCUGCACAGAAAGUGAAGAACACAAUGUUUUUAUUGUGAGCAGUGUCCAACAUUUAGUUAAUUGUUUUAGUUCUUUAAAUAAUUGCUAUUUUUUAAAUGUGUGGUACAUUUUGUGCAACAAAACUAAUGCAACAGAUGAAAAAUAGAACAACACAUAACUCAAUUUUCAAGGGUUGAUGGAGAAAAAUCCAACAACUUUAACACUUUGUUUGUCAUGAUGUUUCUUUCAAUCUGUAUGAAUCUUGAGAUGGCAGCUGUGUAACGGAACACAGUGUUUACUGUAUAUAAUACACAUUUGAUAUAUGUUUUGCUCUUUCAGCUUUUUGUUAUCAAUGACCAAAUGCCGAUAUCUGUCACAUGUGAGAGUGCAAAUACUGAUAAUCCAAAAAUAUAUUGAAUUGAAAUGUGACUGUCCUGUGUAUAUGUGCAAAUGUUUAAUUUGCAAAUAAUAAGAGAUCCAGCCAGUGUCUUAUUUUACCCCAACUUUUUUACGUUUGACUUUCUUUCUUUUUUGGGGCGAAUUUCAUAUGAAACAUUGCUUUUUUAUGUCAACGUCACAUUUGUAUAUAGAACACGUCAUCAGCAUUUCCAUGCAAACUUGCAUUAGAUCUGAAAAGCAAGAAUCUGGUCUCUUACUGCAAAAAAAACAAAAAAAAAGCUCAGUACAACUAGGAA